AUCUGUGAUCUGAGUACAGUCACGUACAAUCGGUACAAUGAUAACUAGUUUAUAACUUCAUACCGUAGUGUGCGCGGGAGUGUCAUUCAGUAGGACGCCGGCGAGCUCGAAACACUAUGGCACCUUUCAAGACAGAAAAAGUUGGUAUCGUUGGCAGUGGACUUAUCGGGCGAUCAUGGGCGAUGCUGUUUGCCUCGGUGGGGUACCAGGUGACCAUCUUUGACAUCAUCCCGCAACAAGUUGCCGACGCCCUCGCCGACAUCAAAGUCCAGCUGAAGACUCUGGAGAAAGACGGUCUGCUUCGUGGCCAUCUGAACGCUGACCAGCAAUUCCAGUGCAUUAAAGGAUCGACAAACCUUGCGGAGGCUAUGAAAGACGCCAUCUUCGUCCAAGAAUGCGUGCCAGAGGACUUGAAUCUGAAGAAGAAAGUGUUCCAGGAUUUGGACAAAGUGGUGAACGAUAAGACCAUCAUGUCUAGUUCGACUAGUACCACGUUACCCUCUUUGUUCUCCGAAGGACUGAAACACAAGUCACAGAUAAUCGUUUCUCAUCCUGUAAAUCCGCCAUACUACGUGCCGUUGGUGGAGAUCGUGCCUGCUCCUUGGACAAAGCCAGAGGUAGCCAAGAAGACUAGGGAGAUUAUGGAGGAGAUCGGUCAGCAACCUGUCUCUCUUUCCAGGGAAGUCGACGGAUUUGUUCUUAAUCGCAUCCAAUACGCCAUCUUGAACGAGGCUUGGCGCCUUGUAGCUGAUGGUAUUGUCGACGUCAAAGACAUUGACAAGGUCAUGUCGGAGGGACUCGGUAUGCGGUAUGCCUUCCUUGGAUCUUUGGAGACUGCACACUUGAACGCUGAGGGCAUGAAGUCGUACAUUGAAAGGUAUGGUGAGACAAUUUACAGUGUGAGUAACACAUUCGGCCCCAUUCCUCGUAUGACAAAAAGCAACGCUGCCGAAUCCAUCUGCCAACAACUCAAUCAAAUGGUGCCUUUGGAUAAACUCCAAGAACGCAGAGCAUGGCGUGACGCGUGCCUAACGCGACUGUCGCUCCUCAAGAAAGAAAUGAACCAAAAGUACAAGCAAUAAACAUACAUUCUUGAAUGUUAAAAAACUACUUAGUACUGUUAAAAUCUAUGAAAUAUGAAAUAAAUACGAGAACAAUUA